AUGGCAGUUCAAGGACGCUUCAACGCGAAGUUCAACAUCUUCGACGCUCGUCAUCGUUCUACCACUGGCUCCGGACGAUGCUACGUCACCGAGAAGACCGACUUGCUCGGACUGGAUUGGCUCAUCGCGAUCCUGCAGUAUCGACAUCUUCCAAAGGAGCUGAGCUGCCGCAUGACGACGACCUGCCUGAACCAGACCCGAGAAGAAAGCGUCGCUCAACUUUGCCACAAGUACGCCUCCGUCUUCGAAGAAGGGCUCGGAAGUUGCACCAAGACCAAGGCCAAGCUGUUCCUAAAACCUGAAAGCCGACCCGUCUACAUCAAGAAGCGACCACUCCCAUACGCCUCUCAGCCUGCGAUCGACGCCGAAAUCGAUCGACUCGUCAACGGAGGAGUCUUAUCGUCAAUCGACUACUCGCAGAGGGCUGCGCCGAUUGUCGCCGUCAAGAAAGCCAACGGAACCAUCCGAAUGUGUGCUGAUUUCUCGACUGGACUCAACGACGCGUUGAUGUUGCACCAGCACCCUCUCCCAACCGCUGAAGACGUAUUCAACAAGCUGAACGGAGGACAGCUCUACACGCAGAUCAACUUCGCUGACGCGUACCUCCAUAUCGAGCUCGACGACAGCACCAAAGAAAUUUUGACAGUCAACACACACCGAAGACUCUACCGGUACAACCGACUGCCCUUUGGAGUCAAGUCUGCGCCCGGCAUCUUACAAGAGGUCAUCGACUCCAUGAUCUCUGGACUCAACGGCGUUGCUGCGUAUCUCGACGACAUCAUCGUCACUGGCCGCAGUACCGACGAGCACCGCCGAAACCUGGAAGCCCUCUUCGACCGGAUCCACAACUACGGCUUCCGCGUUCGCCUACCGAAGUGA